AUGUCAGUUAAAACCGCCCCUCGAUUCUCCCUUGGCAAGAAUGGCCCUCUCGUCUCUCGCAUGGGCUUGGGCUUGGGCUUGGGCUUGGGCUUGGGCUUGGGCACCAUGGGCUUAACCCGUCCAACAUAUAGAGCUAUCCCUAUUCAAGGUGAAAUAUUUGCGUUCCUUGAUCAUGCUUAUGAGGCAGGUGUAACGUUUUGGGAUAGUGCUGACUACUAUAACGAUUGCGAGGAAAUAAUUGGCAAGUGGUUCAGACGUACUGGCAAACGAGGUGAUAUCUUUCUUGCAACCAAGUUUGGAUACGUAAAGAAUAGCCAGACCUUUGAGCUCAACACUUCAUAUGUAUAUGUCAAGAAAGCAUGUGCUGAGAGUCUACGGCUCUUGGAUAUUGAGUCUAUCGAUCUCUCCUAUCUGCACACACCCAGUCCCGAGACGCCUAUCGAGGAAACCAUGCGCGCUCUGAAAGAGCUACAAGAUGAAGGCAAGAUUAAGUGUAUAGGACUCUCAGCUGUCACCUCAACCACUCUCCAAAAGGGCACUCACAUCCUUGACACAUGCCGGGAGCUUGAUUUAGCCAUCGUCGCAGCAACGCCCCUCGGUCGAGGUCUUCUGACCGCCAACUUCAUCGAUGGAACAGCAUCUGGACAGCAAGAUAGCGAUGUUCGAUAUCAGCUCAUCCCCCGUCAGUUUAAGGGGUUGGCUGAUAAGAAGGGAAUAAUUACUGCUCGACUUGCGAUUGCGUGGCUGUUAAAGCAGGGCGAUGAUAUUAUCCCGAUUCCAGAAACAAAGAGGAUUCAGUAUUUCGAGGAGAAUUGGGCUGCUCUUGAUAUAGUUCUCAGUGGUGAGGAAGAAGCUGAGAUCAGGAAGUUUGUGGAGAAAGCUGACAUUGCCAGUGUGCCACUGCCUCCUGCUCUCGAUGGUUGGCUGUUCAGAGAUACAAAGGAGGAGUCUGUAUGA